AUGAGUCAGAUCUCGGGUACGGAAUCCUCGACAAAUCCGUUGUCGAACACACAAAACUCGUUCCUUAACCAGUUCCAGAUUAUGACCUCGUCAGAAGAUGAAACGUCCAAAUUGCUAGACUUUUACGACCGAGUCUCCUCAGGAACCGUGAAUCUGCACUCCUCAUCUCAAAAUGACGAGUCUGUGGAAAGAAAAAAGAAGCUUUUAGAUAAACUAAAUCAGGACGUUUUAGCCGAAUAUGAAGACGCAAGAAAGAGUGUCAUAACUGCGCAACAAAAUUACAAAUCCCUGGUGGACAGGUUUUUGACGUUCGCCUCUGAGAAUAAGCAAAUUUACACCAAAACAUUACAGCUUUAUGAGGAGGCGUUUAAAGAGUACGAGAAAUCAACAGCCGCAACUAACCUCCAAAUGCCAAUGCACCUGCGAAUUAUAGUAAAUUUAAGCCUUUUGUACCUCAGAGCAGACCAUGCAAAUUCACUCACGAAGUUAUUAAUAAAGUCGCCGUACGUCUCAUUCCAGGCCUUUGAGGACGCGAUUGGCGAGAUUUGGAGGAACCAAGCCUCCAAAAUACCACUCCCAACCCCGAAACUCGGCAUUUGCGGUUGGCUAGGAAGACACCACGUUACUCCAAGGGGUUUAUCAUCAACAAUGAUCAAUACACUAGUGGCAGUUGAAGGAGUUAUCAACAAAUGUAUAAAAUUUGUAAAUAGCUCGGGAGUGUAUCCGAAGUUGAGCACGAGCGUGUAUGUUGGUGAGGAUUUGUUGGACGUGUACAACGAGAAGGAAAAGACGGUAUAUAUCCGAAACCACUACGACUUGACAGAUCUUAACAAAACCAGAGUGGACACGACAAUGCCACCACCAGUUGACCCACAAGGUAAGGUGGUUUUUAGACAGGAAGUGGGCCUGAGUAACUUCAAGAACUACCAGACGUUUGUGCUCCAGGAAACACCAGAGGACUCGUCACUGGGCCAAAUGCCCAGAUACGUCUCGGUGAUAGCACAGGACGAUUUGUGCAAUAAAGUAAAGUGUGGCGAUAGGGUGCGUAUUUGGGGUGUUUACAGGAUGCUAACGCCCAAUACGCUCAACUCAAGCACCAUAGGGAGUAGCAUAGGGAAGCCGUUUUUGGUGGCAAAUCAUUUACUGAUCAAGGACCACUAUACCUUCUCUAAUACCACUGUGAUUACGGACGAGGACAGAGCCAGAUUCAAGUAUUUGGCUGGCAGAAAUGACACGAUAACUGUUUUGACUAAUAGUGUGGCACCUUCACUUUGUGGCCUUUCACUUGUAAAGAAAGGAAUUCUGCUCAUGCUAGUUGGUGGACAUCUGAACCCAAUUAACGAUACGCAACAAACAGCCUACAACUCUAAGAAUUUGGACACUGAAACCACCAACGAAAACCUAUUCAGCAGUGGAGAAACUAGAGAAAACCUGAGGGGUGAUAUUCACGUCUUACUGGUUGGAGACCCAGGUUGCGGAAAGUCUCAGCUUCUCAGGUUCGUAAUGACAUUGCUUCCAAAUACCAUUUCUACCACUGGAAGAGGAUCUACUGGCGUUGGUUUAACAGCUGCAAUUGUACAGGAUGAAGAGACCGGAGAACGUAAAGUUGAGGGAGGAGCAAUGGUGAUGGGAGACAGGAAGAUAGUGCUGAUAGAUGAGUUCGACAAGAUGAACUACGCAGACAGAGUGGCAAUACACGAAGUUAUGGAACAACAGACUGUCUCUGUGGCAAAGGCGGGAAUACAUACUACCCUAAAUGCAAGAUGCACAGUACUAGCAGCAGCUAAUCCACUCUACGGAUGCUGGGCUGAAGAUAUGCAAAUUAAUGAACAAUUAAAUUUUGAAUACUCACUUUUAUCUAGAUUUGACCUGAUAUUUAUUGUACGUGAUGUUAACAAUGAGAUACAAGAUGACAGAAUAGCAGACGCGAUUCUGAGGAACAUAACACAGAAAUCGAAGCCAGUUCCAGCAAUUAAUAGGCUUAACAAGACAUCAAUUAUACAGCCGAUUCAAAGUGACCUACAGCUUCAAGUCCAGUACACAAUAACAACAGUCAAUAACACUGGAUCUGAUUUUAAGACGGAUAGUGUAGGAGCAGAGGAGGAUUUGAAGACGAAUCAGGAGAGAACUACAGCUAGAAUGAGGACAGGAAGAGUGUUGAGAAGUGGGAGAAGUACAGGUCGAGCAAGUAGUUCGGACCGAGUGGACUCUCUUUUUAACAAUAAUUUGACAUACCUUGAUGAUCGUGGAGUUGAGCACGAGAUCCUCGACCUUUCAACGCUUAAAAAGUACAUUUAUUACUGCAAGGACAUGUACUACAAGGAAAUGCACCACGCAAAGAACUGGUCACCAGGACCAGAACUAACAGUUUUGGCCCGAAAUGAGAUCAGUAAGAGCUAUUCACAGAUGCGUCAGCGCUGCAAGGAUAACAAGAAGAAGUUGCUGCAGCUUGUUUCACCUCGUACCCUGGAAGCUAUUCUCAGGCUCUCGACAGCAUUCGCGAAGCUCAAACUCAGUAGAUACAUAACCAAGGAACACGUGAAGGCUGCAGUAAAGCUGUUGAACUAUACCAUUUUCGGCGAUGUUUACACCACGAAAGACUCCAGUAAGGAGGACGAGGACGUUGACUUUAGCAGCGGCUCAGAAAGCGACGACGACUUUGAUGACCAGGAACUACUCUCAUCGGAUGAGGAGUACGAUUACUCUAAAAGUAGCAGGAGAAGCAGUACUUCUAAAACCAAUAAACGUCUUAAACGUUCCAAACAAACUACUAGUAGUAAAACUGCCCCUGGUGCUGUGCUAAGUCCCGACAAAACUACAGAAAGCGCAGAAAAUGUCGACGACUCUGUUUCACCACAGUUUAACAGGAAUUUGAUGGAUAAUUUGCAAAAGCUAGAUUACGGUGACGGAGUGGAGUUGAAUGAAUUAUUCGCAGCAUAUAAAUCGUACGAGAAGGACUUGUCACUGACUAAGUUUAAGCGACUGUUAAUCAACUUAUCGAACUCAGAUAACGCGCCAAUUGUUUAUGCAGAGGACGAUGAAAAAAUUUAUACUUGCUAA